AUGGCCGACUCUAACCCCUGGGCGGCGCAAGAGGAUGCUGCUAUUGCAUUCUCAUUCAUAGGGUUCGUUCUGGUCAACGUCCCAUUGUAUUGGCAUCUACGUGCGUGGAACAUGGGCUGCGUUCAGUACAUAUUCUGGGUCGGUAGCCAAUGUCUCCUUCAAUUCAUCGGCAACAUCGUCUGGAAAGACAACACUAUCAAUUGGGCUCCAGUAUGGUGCGAUAUCGCGACGAGAUGGGCGCUGGCGUCCAGCAUCGCUAUCUGCUCUUCGUCUCUCGUGAUCAUGCGUCGUCUGUACCAUAUUGCAAACAUUACUACGGUCCAUGUCACCCGUGAAGAUAAACGCCGCAUGAUCAUAGAAGACACCGCCAUCGGUUCCGGUUUCCCGAUACUCCAGGUCUUGCUCUACUGGUUCAUCCAGGGGCACCGGUUUGACAUCUACGAGGGCAUAGGGUGCUGGCCAGCCAUCCCGAACACCAUCCUUUCGUGGUUCAUCUUCGAUCUGUGGCCCGUCUUCUUCGGCACGAUGUCUGCUCUGUACUGCACACUGACGAUCAGAGCGCUUCUCAAGCGGCGUGAACAACUCAGCCAGAUCAUGGCUGCGAACAGCGGCCUGCACUUCAACCGAUACUUCCGCCUCAUGGGCCUCGCCGCAGUCAACAUGAUCUUCACCCUCCCGCUCGGCAUCUACACUAUGGUCGUUAAUGCGUCGACGCCUAUCUACGUGUGGCGAGGGCUCGCAGAUUUGCACUACGACUUCUCCGCCGUUGGCCAGUACCCUGCCAUCGUGUGGCGCUCGAGCCCGCUCGCCGCUCGCUCUCUCGAGUUCAGCGAGUGGUCCUUCAUUGGCUGCGCCCUCCUCUUCUUCGCGUUCUUCGGCUUCGGUGACGAGGCGCGCAAGAACUACAGGAAGGCCUAUGAGGUCGUGGCUAAACACCUCGGACUUCGUCGUGAACUAUGGCAACGCCUCCCAGGUGGAUGGCGAACGAGGCGACAGGCAAGCCCACAACCUAUCAACGUUGUCCUUCCUACGAUCGCGCCGCGCCCGAAGCGAGACACCACCUACACCACGUCCGGGAAGAUAUCCAUCUCAAUCUCCCUCACAGACGUCGGGCCCGACGGAAAUGUCGUCGACAAGCCCUACCACCGCCUUCCAUGCGUUCCUCCGGCUCCCACUACUCGACCGACUCCGACACCUGUGUCCCCUGGACAGGAACGAGAAGAAGGAGAGACAAGAGACACCCCUGCCUCCUCUCCCGCUCGACGACCCUGA